AUGCUCACAGAAGGUGAUCUUCGUGAGAAACCGCUCGAGCUGCAGUGUCUUGGCGAUAUCAAACGUCUUGCCUCAGCAAUAUGCAAACUCAGGGCUCACUUCACACCAACCGAACGAAUGCAGUGCUGCGGUGAGAUGUCACAGGGCAGCUCGAAUGGGCAAAUAAUAUAUCUUGACAACGAUUCACUUACGAAGCGUCCCAAUGAUUUGUUGGUUUGCGUCAGUUAUAAAGAUGGUGUGGUACCUAUUGCAAGUGCUGACCCAAGAGUUCUUGAUAAGACAAGUGGUACGGCAGAACGUGUCUUGGGCGAAAUAGCAGCGGACUCAUCGGGCGAAGGAAGACUGAAACGAAUCCAUCUUUUGAGCCGAGAAGAUCUGAUACGACAAGUAUGCUUAUAA